CCAGCUCUCAGCCAAUGAGAGGCGCCGUGGUUGCGCUGUGGCUGCGGGGACUGAGCGAGGCGAGUUGAGGAGGGCAGCAACGCUGACCAUAUUGUAGAACCGAUGGAAGGAAAUAAAAAUGCAAGUGAGAAAAAAGAGAAGCUGGCAGACCAGAUCAUGCAGAAUCCACAGGUCCUAGCUGCUCUUCAGGAAAGGCUCGAUAGUGUGUCUCAGACGCCAUCCAGUUACAUUGAAACUUUACCGAAAGCAGUUAAACGACGAAUAAAUGCAUUGAAACAGCUCCAAGAAAAGUGUGCACAUAUAGAGGCUAAAUUUUAUGAAGAAGUUCAUGAACUUGAGAGAAAAUAUGCAGCCCUAUAUCAGCCCCUCUUUGAUAAGAGGAGAGUAAUUGUAAAAGGUGAGGUAGAACCAACAGAUAUUGAAUGUGAAUGGCACAGUGACGGGGAGGAAGAAGAAAAAUUGGCGGCAGGUGUCAAAAACAAAGUGACAAUUGCAGACAAAGAACUGUCAGAGGAUGAUAACCCAAAGGGAAUCCCAGACUUCUGGCUCACAAUCUUUAGAAAUGUAGAUAUGAUCAAUAUAUCUUUGCAGGAAUAUGAUGAACCAAUUCUAAAACACUUACAAGAUGUUACAGUUAAAUUUUCUGACCCUGGACAGCCUAUGUCUUUCACGUUAGAGUUCCACUUCGACCCCAAUGACUAUUUUACAAACUCCAUUUUGACAAAAACCUACAAGAUGAAAUCUGAACCGGAUUCCUCAGACCCAUUUUCAUUUGAAGGACCUGAAAUUAUUGACUGUGAAGGGUGCACGAUUGACUGGAAAAAGGGGAAGAAUGUUACAGUCAAAACAAUCAAGAAAAAGCAGAAACACAAGGGACGUGGUACAGUUCGGACCAUCACCAAACAAGUGCCCAACGAGUCCUUUUUUAAUUUCUUCAGUCCCAUUAAAGUAACUGGAGAGGGGGAAGAAUUGGACGAAGAGAUGGAGAAUUCUUUAGCUGCUGAUUUUGAACUUGGUCAUUUUUUCCGGGAACGAAUAGUGCCAAGAGCAGUUCUGUAUUUCACUGGGGAAGCUAUAGAGGAUGAAGAAAGUUUUGAGGAGGGAGAAGAGGGAGAGGAAGAGGAAAUGGAAGGUGAAGAGGAGGGAGAAGAUGAAGAGGAUGAUUCAAGUAAUCCUGCAAAAGAAACAGUCCAACCUGCUGAAUGCAAACAACAGUGAUUUAAAGAUAAACCACAAUAGGGGACAAGCGGAUUUCCAUUACAGCUCCUUUCUCCAUGUGCAGGAAUCAACCAUGCUGCAGUAUAUUUUUAAGUGAAAGCUUACUCCUUUUCAUUAAGUGCAUGAUUUUACUUUUAUUUGUUUAGUUAUUAUUUCUUGGAGGCAGAUUUGAGUGGAAUGCUAGGUUACCUUUCUUUACAUCGACAAGCUAUUUCAUAUGUAACUUCCGUUUUCCAAUAUUUCUUGCUGUUACUGUUGUAACAAAUAGGUUGUCCUAUUUCUUACUCACCUUACUGAUUGCUGGAGAUCUAGCUCUUCCUGGCAGAAACUACAAUAGAUUUGGUGAAUUAAAUGGUUUUUCGGAUGAGGACAUCUUUGCUGCUGCUACCUACAUCAAGGAGGGGAGAGAUUGUAUAUGCUGGAUUACAGCAGCAAAGCUAUCAGGAAAUAUACGUGCAUCUAUCAUACUUGCUAAUGAGGACAAGAUUCCACAUUACUCCCGCUUUAUCUAAGCAGUCUGUCUGCAUAUUGCAAUAUUUUCCCACAUUUUUUUUUUUGGUUACUUCUUUUCCCUAUUGUUGCCAUUUUCUUUUCUCAUCUUGGAGAAAGGAAACUACCCCUUGUUUCAAAAACUAACCAAACUGAAACACGUCAACAUGCCUGCCAGAAUUUAACAUUUCUACAACUUGAGACAUUUAACUAUAGGUUCUGCUUAUUUAAAAUGUACAGUGUAUUUAAAUGAUGCAAUAAAGUAAGUUAAAUUAAAAACAAACAUAGAACAUAUAUUUUGGGUUACUGUUACAAGAAAAUUGUAUCCAAAAGUCGGCUUUAUGUUUUUGUUUAUCGUUUAUUAGUAAACCAUAUUUGUCACAAUUCUAGAGCUUAUGGGAGUGCAGCUUCUGUCUAACCCUAACUCUGACAUACAAGGCGAAGGAGUACAGUGUUUCUUUGUUUUUACACCUCUACCAUUGUGGUCAAGGAGAGGGCAACCAUUUCUGCCUUCUGUAGUAAAAAUCUUCUGUAUGACAGAGUACAAUAUAACAACUUUUAACAUCUUAAUGAGAAAUGACUGAUAUCAUAUUUCUCUAACCCCCUUGUCCUACAAGUGUUGCACAGGUAGAAAAUUCAAGGUAAUGGGUCAUAUUAAAAAACAAACAAAAAAAAACCUCAACAAUGUACUGAAUAUGGCCUCUCGUCUGCACAUCUUGCUAAGGAUUAUAGCCCAAGAGGACUGGUAAAUAUCAGCUUGUGAUCGUCAGUUUCUUCCUCCUUAGUAAAUUGUGCUGCUUUAAAAUGGCACACAGGAACUGGCUACUAACCAAUCUUGUUUGAAGUUCUAUUUUUUUUAUCUGUUAUAUUCUCCAAUAACACAACUCUUCCAUGGAAAACUAGUGAAAUAAACCCUUUUGGACAUUUAUUUACUUUUGGCUAGUGUCAUAGAAACAUGAAGCCUUUGCACAUCAGUAAGUCUGUACAUUUUUUUUUUUUUUUUUUUUUUUUAAAACCAGUUGACGAUCACAGGCCUGUCUCUAAAAGGAUUCAGGUUACUUUAAGCUGCAAAAGAGGAAUGAGCGGUCUUCUUCGAAAAUGCUUACCUUUUGUAAAGAGGCUAUCUUUAACUUUCAUAAUGUUUUACUCCAUUAAAUCCACUCCUUUUUGAGGAAAGUGGAUUAAAUGGUUAUGAAAAAAUGCACAACCCCUCCCCGCUCCCCCAGAAAUGAUAGAUCCUAUUUAAAUUUAGCAUAACGCUGCUCUUUAAGGAAUUAUGCAAAGUAAAGAGUGAGUGUUUUUGGCACUUAAAUAAUACAAACCACACACUUUACAACGUAUCCUGAACCAUUGCUGUUUAGGAGCUGUUUUGUCUGUUGCCAGAUGUUUGUUGGUUCAUUAAGAAAUUGUCUAUUUGUGUUAGACAUUAUUUCGUUAUUUUUUAUUGAUUUAAGUCGGGAUAUAUGAAUAAACCAAAAUUACUUCA